UUCGAAUACCUAAACUACAUGGAUAUAUAAAAAUAAAUCCCGUUUUCUAGACUUAUUUAUUACUGAUUAAGUAAUAUUAUAAUCUUUAAUCUCAAUCAUAAAGAAGUUUAAGUAGGUUUAAACUAAAAUGCAUGUAUAUAUUUAGUAUCACGAAACACGGUUUUAAUUUAAUGGAUUUCAGUUAGUGGUUUAAUUAUGGAUUAAGGUGAUUGUACAAGUCGACAUUUUAGGAAACCAUUUAGAGAUAGAUAUGUUAACGGACACGUUCGUGUGUGAUUCUGAGAGUCUAUUAUGACAUGGAUGUAAUUCAAAAUGGGAUAAAUCAAAAGGCAGGCAGAUUUGUUAGGGAUUAUGGCAAAGUCUGAGAAAGGUUCGGAGAAAGAGAUAAGCGAGGAUAAAGAGAAUGCACCAACCCCGAAGGAAAAAAGACGUCGGGAUAUAUUAUACGGAAAGGGAGAAUAUCGUAUCCUUGGGAAGAAAGGUGAAGGCACCUUUUCAGAGGUGCUAAAAUGCCAAAACAUAAAAGAUGGCUCAUAUUGGGCCUGCAAAAAGAUGAAGCAGAAUUAUGACAGUUUGGAUCAAGUAAAUAAUUUACGAGAAAUUCAAGCUAUGAGGAGACUGGCAAACCAUGCCAACAUCCUUGAACUUGAGGAGGUCAUUUUUGACAAGAAAAGUGGUACUCUAGUCCUGAUAUGUGAGCUGAUGGAUAUGAAUAUUUAUGAGCUGAUAAGAGGAAAGCGCCACCUGUUGCCAGAGUAUAUGGUGAAGAAGUACAUGUAUCAGCUAUGUAAAUCUGUAGAUCACAUGCAUAGAAAUGGCAUUUUUCACAGGGAUGUUAAACCUGAAAAUAUCCUUAUAAAGGAGGAUUUGUUAAAGUUGGCAGAUUUUGGUUCAUGUCGCAGCAUUUAUUCUAAGCAGCCUUACACGGAGUAUAUAUCUACAAGAUGGUAUCGUGCACCGGAAUGUCUCCUCACUGACGGGUAUUACACUUAUAAGAUGGACAUGUGGAGUGUAGGCUGUGUGUUCUUUGAAAUUCUUAGCCUACAUCCAUUAUUUCCUGGUUCAAAUGAGGUUGAUCAGAUAGCCAAAAUACAUGAUAUCAUGGGAACGCCAGAACCCAAUGUUCUCAACAAAUUUAAAAAAUCUAGAGGAAUGAAUUUCAAUUUUCCGACAAAGAAAGGUUCGGGUAUUGAGAGAUUGUUACCACAUGCGGGUACAGAUUCUAUAGAUCUUAUUAACAAAUUGUGUACAUAUGACCCUGAUGAGCGUAUGACGGCUAAACAAGCUUUAAGACAUUCAUAUUUCAAGGAACUCAGGGACACUGAUAAGCGGCAGUUAGCUCUUAAAAAAGCUAACAUUCUUCAAGAUAAAGACGACAGUUCUAAUAUAGGGACAAAAUCUGAACCAGAAAAUAUUCCAUCUCCAAAAAUGGAGAAGAAGAAAGAUUCAGAACUUCAUAUAAUUGCAAGUUUGCCAAAACCUCAGUCUUUACCUGCACAUCAAUUGUUCAAAGAUAAACGAAAGGUAUAUCAGCGGCGAAGACGUUUAGGUGAACCACACAAUACAACAUACAAUAGUACACAUUCAAGUUUCUUCCCGAAGGUCCCGAUCCACGCUAGUACGAUCAACCCAUCGUAUCACUCCUCGUCAUUCCCCUCAACCUUUGCAUCACACAGUACAUCAAAUCAGCUCUCUCUACUUCCUAGCAUCAAUAGUACAUAUAAGUCACAUAAGAACCCUACUACAAAGACUAAGAACAUGUUUGGGCACUAUCAGUUGCCUUCUUUAGAUCGUCGUGGUGGGGCAGGAUUUUAACAUACACUUUCAAUUAGGAAUUUUAUAAAUUUGUGAAAAACUUACUAUAUUUACUAUACACAUGUGUGUGCUACAAAUGUUCAAAUUAAACCAUGAUGUUGCAUUUUUCUAUGUGUAAGAUGAUGUGUAAAUGGACAAUGUCAUAAUGUGUUAAGAUAUUUAAAAUAUCUACAGUGACAUUCGAUGUAUUACACUGAAAGUGUGUAUGAUUGAAUAUGCCUACCAUACCAGUUCAUGAAGAAACCCAACAUUAUUUUUAUGCCACCGCAGCAUCUGCGAUGCGGUGGCAUAUAGCGAUUCACCUGUGUGUGUGUGUGUGUGUUAGUGUGUGUGUUUGUGUGUGUGUUAUAUAGAUUAUAUAGUGAACUUAAAAAAUCUUCUUGUGAAAAACCACUAGUCCAAUUUCAACCAAACUUGGCAGGAUUGUUCCUUGGGUGAAGUGCUUCCAAAGUUGUUCAAAGAAUUUCAUUCCAUGCAGAAAUCUGGUUGCCAUGGCAACCAAAAGGAAUUAUAAGAAUAAAUUUAAAAAAUCUUCUUGUAAAGACCCAAAAGGCCUAGAGCUUAGAUAUUUUGCAUAAGGCAUUGUCUGGUAGACCUCUAACAAGAUUGUUCAAAUUAUAGCCCUGGGGUCAAAAAAUGGCCCCGCCCGGGGGUCAUUGAUUUUCACUACGUACAUAUAGUAAAAACUUAAAAUACCUUCUUGUAAAAACCCAAAAGGCCUAGAGCUUAGAUAUUUUGCAUAAGGCAUGAUCUGGUAGACCCUUACCAAGAUUGUUCAAAUUAUAGCCCUUGGGUCAAAAUCGGCCCCACCCGGGGUCAUUGAUUUUCACUAUAUGUACAUAUAGUAAAAACUUAAAACACCUUCUUGUAAAGACCCAAAAGGCCUAGAGCUUAUAUAUUUUGCACAAGGCAUUGUCUGGUAGACCUCUACCCAGAUUGUUCAAAUUAUAGCCCUGGGGUCAAAAUCGGCCCCGCCCCGGGGGUCAUUGGUUUUCCUUAUAUGUAUAUAGUAAAAACUUAUAAUAAAAACUUCAAAAAAAAUUCUUCUAGCAAUUGACAAAUGCUAGAGGUUAGAUAUUUUGCAUGAAACAUUGUGUAGUAAACCUCUAGCAAGAUUGUUCAAAUUAUAGCCCUGGGGUCAAAAUUGCCCCCGCCCUUGGGGGUCUUUUAUUUCAAUAUAUACAUAUAGUAAAAAAUAAAUAAAUCUUAUUGUCUGAAGGUACAAGGCUUGAAGCUUUAAUAUUUGUUAAAUAAUAUCAUCUAAAGGUACUCUACAAAAGUUAUUCAAAUUUUGCCUCUUGUGUCAAAAUUAGCCCCGCCCCGGGUGGCCAUAGGUUUUCCUUAUAUUAUGUAUAUAGUAAAAACUUAAAAAAUCAUCUUCUCUAAAUUUACAAAGGCUAGAGUUAAGAUAUUUUGCAUGAAACAUUGUGUAGUGAACCUCUUGCAAGAUUGUUCAAAUUAUAGCCCUGGGGUCAAAAUUGGUUCCGCCCCGGGGGUCAUUGAUUUUCAUUAUGUACAUAUAGUGAAAAAAUAAAAAAUAUUUUUGUCUGAAGGUACAAGGCAUAGAGCUUUGGUGUUUGAUAUAUAAUAUCAUUAAUAGGUCCUCUACCAAAGUUGUUCAAAAUUUUCCCCUGGUGUCAAAAUUGGCCCUGCCCGGGGGCAGUGAUUCUCAUUAUGUACACAUAGUAAAAACAGAAAAUAAAACAAAUGUUUUCUGAAUGGGAGAAAGCUAUAGCUUAGAUAUUUGACUUGAAAUGUUAUUUGGUGGACCUGUAUCAAAAUUGUUUUGAAUUAAACCCUUGGGCCCAAGGGGACAGUGACCUACUUUCUUGUCCUUUGAUGUACAGCAAUGACAUUUUGACCAUGUGCACAGUUUUAGUUGUAAAAUUGAACUUUGAUAUCAGGUGACCUAGAUUUUGAUGAUGUGACCUACUUUCUUGUCCUUUGAUGUACAGCUAUGAAAUUUGAACCAUGCGGUGGCAUAGCAUUUUUCUCAAAUGCAAUCUUGUUUAAAUAUAGUUUAAAUAUUUUGUUAAUUAGAAACAUGGCUGCUUUAGAUGGUAAAAUAGAUUUUUACCUUAUACAAUUUUGUAUUCAAGAGAGAUUUUUUUUUUCAUUUUAGAGAUUUAAGACUGUGAUAAAUUAGGAUUAUUUAAUUGUUUGUUUGACCACAUCUAGCUCAUUAAGGCAUGGCAUGUAUGAUUCAAAAUUUAUGUUAGAUUUUCCACUCACUUGUAACAGACAGCCACUUCGAUGAGCAUUGAUAUCAAAAUGGAAAUAAAAUGAGCCACGUCAUGACAAAACCAACAUAGUGCGUUUGCAACCAGCAUGGAUCCAGACCAGCCUGCGCAUCCGCGCAGUCUGAUCAGGAUCCAUGCUGUUCGCUAUCAGUUUCUCUACUUGUUAUAGGAUUUGUAAGCGAACAGCAUGGAUCCUGAUCAGGCUGGUCUAGAUCCAUGCUGGUGUCAAACCCAUUAUGUUGGUUUUGUCGUGAAGCGGCUCAUAUGUUAAACCUAGAAUGUUCUGACCACAUUAUUUGAGUUAAUGGGUUUAAAUUUGAGGGUCACAUCUUUUUCUAAAAGUAUCUUGGACAACAUUGUCAAAUGAUAUUCAUCCUCAACUACUAUUCUAUGUAAAUUAUAUUUUAAAGGUUUACAUAAAAUACUAAAUCCAGUGUCACUUGUUUAAUAACUGGCAGCUGUUAUACAACCAAAAUGCUGUUUCGAGUGCAAAUUAAAUUUAUAGCAAAUGUAUUUUGAUGUCAGAUAUAUUAAAAAAUUACCUCUAGUUCAAAAAUAAAUUGAUAAAUUUUGUAAAUGUUUUUACAUCCAGAUGUUAAUCAUACAUUACAUGCCUUAGAGCUACAUUGUUUAUUAUUGUAGUGCCAAAUUUGCUUUCCACAUUUUGCCUUAAGUUUAUGUUGUUUUAUCAACCAAAUAUUUCAGUUCUUCCAAUUUGAAAGGACAUUAUGCAAAAAAUGAAUAAUUUGAUUUUGUUUUGUUGCAACAAUUGAGUAUUUGAGCCGCAUCACGACGAAACCAACAUAGUGCGUUUGCAACCAGCAUGGAUCCAGACCAGUUAUCAGGAUCCAUGC